UUGCUCUCAAGCAAAACAAAGUGGUCCGCAGAUCAGCUCUUCUACUCAUUCUGAAAGUGCAAGGUGUCACCAGUAGAAGAAGAAAGAAAGGUGGCCAGCGGAGAGCAAGAGCAUUCGGACAUGGCUGUGCGUAUCAUACGUGGGAUGGAGGAUCUGGUGGCAUCGGGUAGCCAGCUUGUCUGGAGCCUGGCACAUCAGACACUGAGGAGCUGGUACAAUCGUGGGCUGAUGCCAUGCAGACGCUUCCUAGAAGCCUGGUUCAGGAUUGGGAAAUGCUACCAGAUGACAGAGGGCCGCCUGUGCCAAGUUCACCUCCUUGAUGACCGAAAGCUGGAGCUGCUGGUUCAGCCCAAGCUUUUGUCCCGUGAACUGCUAGAUCUGGUAGCAUCACAUUUUAAUCUGAAGGAGAAAGAGUACUUUGGAUUGUGCUUCAUAGAUGACACUGGCCAGAGUAACUGGCUCCAGCUAGAUCGUAAAGUCCUCGAUCAUUACUUCUCCAAGACUUCGGGGCCUUUGGAGCUCAAGUUCCUUGUGAGGUUUUACAUUGAGAAGAUCACCCUCUUGAAAGACAACACAACAGUGGAGCUGUUCUUCCUAAAUGCUAAAUCUCUAGUGUUUAAUGAGACCAUUGAAGUGGAGAGUGAAAAUGUGUUCAAGUUAGCCGCGUUCGCAUUGCAGGAGGCCAAAGGAGAUUACAGCAGUGCUGAAACUGCUACAUCAGACCUGAAACAGCUACCAGUCCUGCCCACCAGAGUAUUAAGGGAACACCCGUCUCUCAACUACUGUGAGGAAAAAGUGAUUGAACAUUACAAGAAGCUGAUAGGACUGACCAGAGGGCAAGCCAUUGUUCAGUAUCUGGCCCUGGUGGAGUCCCUGCCAACAUAUGGAGUCCAUUAUUAUCCAGUGAAGGACAAGCAAGGAAUACCGUGGUGGCUGGGAGUCAGCUAUAAAGGCAUUGGCCAGUACGAUUGGCAGGAUAAGCUGAAACCUCGACAGUUGUUUCAGUGGAAGCAGUUGGAGAAUUUGUAUUUCCGUGAGAAGAAGUUUUCAGUGGAAGUGAACGACCCGCACAGAAGAGCAGUGACCAAGCGAACCUUUGGACAGUCUGGCCUGGUUAUUCACACGUGGUAUGCCAGCCAUUCACUAAUUAAAACCAUCUGGGUGAUGGCCAUCAGUCAGCACCAGUUCUACCUGGACAUGAAGCAAAGCAAAUCAAAGAUGACCACUACCAGGAGUUCAGGAGACAUCGCAGUAGACCUCACUGAGAUCUCUGCCCCCCGGAUCACUAAACUUUCCAGUAUUGAGAGCAAAAAUCACCUAAUAAUGGCCAGCAAUGGAAGCCUCAUCUCAACUGGUUCUGCUGACUCUGAAGUCAGCGAGGAACAGAAGAAAGAGAAGAUCGCUGAAUUGAAAAAGAAGGAAAAGGAACUUCAAGACAAACUGUCAGCGAAACUUGAAGAACUGAAAAAGAUCUGCUUAAGAGAAGCUGAGCUUACAGGAAGAUUGCCUAAGGAAUAUCCCCUGGCCACAGGUGAGAAGGUUCCUCACGUGCGACGGCGUGUUGGGACAGCCUUCAAACUGGAUGAUCUUUUCCCCUAUGAUGAGGAUCCACAUCUGAGGAAUCUGGAGAGUCGGUUUGCCUUGCAGCAAAAGAUUGUGGAAGCAGCCAUGAAGCUAGCCAAUGAGGCUGACCUGUGCAAGACUGUGAAAAGGAAAAGGAAGCACAACUAUCUUGACGCUAUGAGAAACCUGGAAGAGAUUGAGAAGCAGAUCAACGACUACAGGGUCAAAAAAGGACAGAAACCCACUCAGAGAGCCUCACUGAUCUUACGAGAUGAUCCCCAGCCUUCAGAACUCAGCUCGCUAUCUGACAGCCUCACUCUGGAUGAUGAUGAUGAGCUUGGCUCCCAGAGGCAGCGGUCUCGUUCAGUCCAAUACUCCCCCAGACCACACCACGCAGACACUCUGGAUGCUCAUUACAAUAAAGACAGACGAGCCUCUGCCAAUGACCAGCUCGCAGACAGCAGAUUACAUUAUGACCAAGACCAGGAAGCGCACCAUUACAGUCACAAUGACACCUUAUCGGUCUACAGCAGCCCAUGUAAAGCAGCUUCCAGGCAGCCACGUGAUGCACGCAGCAUGCCACCCACUCCCCUCCUCACCCGCAACGCAUACAGCAGCACACAGCUGAGAUCAGAGGAUUCUCCACAACACUUCCGCCAGCGUAGCGGGAGUCUGGAGUCACAGUCUCAGCUCAUGAUCGAGACCAAACCAUCCAUGCCAACACUGACUGUCCCGUCAGCUCGACGCAGCAACAGCACCGAGAUGCUCGAUGACGGUUCCUCCUACACAAGCCAGUCUAGUGUGGAAUACAGCGUCCCUGGUAACCACCACACCCACGGGCGCAGAGUGCGCGGGCGCCACAGAAAAGACAUGUACGCCAACACGGGCAGCAUGCCCAACCUGGCUCAGCCAGACACUCGGUGCUAUGGCUACCAGCCUCGGGCUCGGCCCACCACAACAGCCUACUAUGUCACAGGCUAUCCCAACUACGCAGAACCGGAGCCUUACUCCAAUGGAGUCUAUGUUUACGACAAUGAAAUGGAGGGACACUAUAAUGUUAACCCUUCCUACCACCACACCCAAACAGCUUAUCAAAGCCCCAGCGUGUAUGGUCACUACGGUAAUGACGAGAUAGACGGUGCAUCACAGAACGUGUACGCCACGAUACGGCCAUCCAGGCAGCGUCCAGUGCCUCGAAGCAACGAACAGAUCAACAAGAACAUCCAGAAGGCCCUGGUGGCUGAACACUUGAGAGGCUGGUACAAACGUAACACUGCACAAAAACAGGCUGCGUACGACUAUGAGUAUGACAGAGGCUCCCAGCAGAGUCUGGGCUAUCCAACCACGCAUGCGCCACAAGCCUACAGCAGCAGGAACCUUUCCUACUCGUCAGUGGCCUCCAGUGGAAACUGGCACAGUCACAUGACCGGCAGUGCUAUGCUGGAAUAUGACAUGCCCGUGCAUGCACCGCAGUCUUUCUCUUACAGCACAGCCUCCUACGCCCACUCCUCCCACAGCAGAUCCUAUAUAGAUGUCAGCCAAAUGGACUCCCACAUCAACAGCCAAAUGCACACUAACAUGGACCCCGAAGAACAGCUUUACUGGCAUGAAGACUCAAAACCAGGAACAAUAGUUUAGCCGGAUACCUUACAACUGUGCAAAAACUUCACCUUGACAAUACGUCACUGUGCCUUAAACUGCACUUACCUGUUUUGUAAUUUCCUUGUAAAAGGAACCCAAAGAAUGAAGGAAUUUAACUUCUGUGGAACUCAGCACGUUAAAUGAAGUAUUCUCAUUUCUGGAUCUCUUGAACGCAGUUGCCAAACUGAUGCCCAUCCCUGUAUUUUAAAUCACAACAAGAACCCCAUUGGAGUGUCUAAUCACGGGGUUGCGAGUGUUUGUAGUGAUGGGACCUGUGCACUGAAACUAUACCAAGCCCUGCAGUGGACUGAAUGGUAUAGCAAAGGGUAUAGCAUUACUCUUUAGAGAUACUGAACCAAGGACUAAAACUGUCUCUCUAAGAGGAUACUGAGCGGCAAUGAACAAAGAACAUGACUGAUCCUGUUGUGCUACUUGCACACUCAUAUGAACACUGUAACCAUGAAGGAUUAGACACGGAUUUAUAAGGUCACUAAUGAAGCACUGAACUCGUUAAAUAGGAGUCGAGAGAAAAGGCUACUUCCGAAAACAUUCUGCAGUCACCUGAUCCACGUUUCUAUUACAACAUCUGUUACCGUUCCGGUCUCUACACUCGUUUGUCAUUUACAAAGUAUUCAGUUUGCUUCACUGUCAAUACUUACACCAUAAUUGAGCCAAAUGCUUAUUUGUUGCACCACUUAAGUAUUACCUGAGUCACCAGUUUCGAAUAUUACUGCCUCUGUGGGAAGACAGAAAAACCAGUUUUGUUUUGUUUUGAACAUGGUUAUUUCAUCCAUGCUGGAAAUCAUGGACUGGUGCUCCAAAUUUCUCUCAAGAGAUUAAAACUGUGUAAAUGUUGGUAUGUAAAUACACUGGCUUAGUCUUUUUUUUAUUAUUUUAGAGCAUUUUUAUGUAUUUGAAAAGCAUGUAAUAUAUAGUAAACAAUUAUUGUUAAGCUGGUUCUUAGUAAUUUGUAUAAUUACAAUGGUUUGGAUUAAAAAAAAUUGAAUUUCCCAG